GGACUGCAGUCUGCUUAGAACGACGACGAGGGCGACGGCGGAGCACAGCCGGCUACAGAAACCUCGCCUCAGCCGUUGGACUCAACUGGCAUCGUCGAAACUUCGGCUUUCUGUAUCACGUAUUUUCUUCGUUGUUUCGGACUACAAAGUGAAAUCAAGAGCAGAAGAUUUGGCAAUCUGGAUGGCGUUUACAUCGUUAGCAAUUGAGUCGCCACCGUCCCACAUUAUUGUGCUUGGAUUUUUGAACGGAGCCCUUAACUCCCUCAAACGCGAUUUUUCUCGGAUGUUCGCCAUCUUGUAUGGCCGACCUAACAUUGAGGAGGCGGCUAGGUCUAACGAGGAUGAGAAUUCAUUCCCCUCUGCCAUUAAAAGUUUGAUGGCAACCGUCGAUGACAAUUGCGAGUUGAGAUCCUCGGAUUGCUUUUCAGAAAAGCACAAUUUUGAGGGCGAAGGAAAUCCGCAGGCUGUUUUCAACGUGUUGGACGCUCUGCUCAAGGGUAGUUUGGAUCGUUUGAAAGCUAUGAGGGAAAGCAUAUCUUUAGCGAAGUCGGGUCUUCAGAAAUGCAUUGUGGAUGCCGUUCAGCCUGACUACACAUUCAUGGUUAGGGAUUUGUGUUUGAAAGGAAAGUUAGGAGCAGCUCUUUUGCUUCGCAGAAAGUUGAUAAGAGAAGGUUUUGUUGUUGACUUACUUACACACAAUUAUCUUCUGAAUGGACUGUGCAUAAACUGUGAUAUGGAGAUCGCAGAGUCUCUUUUUAGGGAAAUGUUAGAAAUGGGUCCUUCUCCCAAUUGUGCCACAUACAACAUUAUUAUUAAGGGUUUCUGCCUUUGUAGGAAUAUGGAUAAAGCUCUCGACCUAUUUUAUACGAUGGCUAAUGGUGGUAUUAGGCCAAGUAGAAUCACUUAUAACAUACUUUUACAUGCAUUGUGCAAGAGAGGUCUCUUGGACGAUGCUUGGAAGCUUCUUGAAGAUAUCCUAGAUGAUGAUAUUAAGACAACGGACGAUGCAAUCACGUCAACUAUUCUGAUGGAUGGUUGUUUUAAAAGUGGAGAUAUGAUGCAGGCUAUUGCUUUAUGGGAUGAGAUGGUUGAAAAGAAGACAAAGGUCGAUGCUGUUGCAUAUAAUGUUCUUAUUCACGGGCUUUGUUUGAAUCGAGACAAGAAAAUUGCACUCGGCUAUAUUGUUGAUAUGCUUAAGAGGGGUUUUCUUCCUGAUAUUUUUACAUUCAACACUCUAAUCAGUGAUCUUUGUAAAGAGGGCCAAUUUGGCGAGGCGUACUAUAUCCAUGAUGUCAUGUCAAGAAUGGGUGUUUCUCCAGAUCAAAUUUCGUACAAAAUGAUUAUUCAAGGUCUAUGCAUUAGUGGAGAUGUUAUCAAAGCUAAUGAGUUUCUUCAUUCCAUGUUAGAAAGAUCAAUGGUUCCUGAGCCUCAUAUCUGGAACCUGAUAAUUGAUUGUUAUGGAAGGUAUGGAGAUUUAAGCAACGCGAUCUCCAUCAGGGAUCAGAUGUUGACCACUGGUGUGCUACCAAACGUAUUUACGUUCAAUGCGUUGAUUCACGCACAAAUUAAAGGAGGUAACAUAUUUAAUGCUUAUUCUCUGAAAAAGGAUAUGGUUUUGUUGGGUCUUUUUCCAGACGUUGUUACUUAUAAUUUAUUGAUAAGUGGUGCUUAUAAGUGUGGACAAAUUCAUUUUGCACUUCAAUUAUAUGAUGAAAUGCUGCGAAAGGGAUACGAACCAGAUAAGAUAACGUACACCGAACUAAUAAGAGGUCACUGUAUGUGUGGUGAAAUGAAGGAGGCAGAAGAUCUAUUUAUGAAGUUGCAUGAAUCUGGUUUGCCAAUGGAUAUUGUUCCAUUUAAAGUUAUUUUUGAAAAGUACCGUAGAAUAGGAGAGCCUGACAUGGCAUUUAAGUUUUAUCAAAGGUGGAUGACAAUGAUGGCUUGAGGAGCUGUUUAACACAAGAUUAUUCAAGAUUACAGCACUACUAUUGUCAUUUUGGCUCAGAAUAAUAGGAGAUCGACGUUAGUUCUCAUUUACCGACCAAGUAACGAUUCGGCCUUCUGUUUGUGGACAUUUCAGAUGUGCUCCUCCUCGAGGUAAGCGUCUAUGCUAUGCUUUGUACACUAUUUUGGAGUCUGUUGUCUUCUCAAUGUGCACAACAUUGUCAUGAUUCCAAGAUUCAUGGAAAGCACAGCAGGAUAUCAAAGCGUUAAUAUCAUUGAAGCCAGGGCUCUCACCCUGAGCAGUAAUAUCACUGUUUUCACCGUCUUCACUGCUGUGUUAAGCACAGAUGGUGCAAGAAAUCCAACACCCUGAGCAGUAAGCAUCUAAGCGAGGAGCAGAUUCGGAAAGUGUUUCGGAGAUGAAUUAUAAGCUGUUUGGCUCCUAUUGUAGGAAACAUCAUUGAUGGGAUAAGACUUGAAACUGUGGCACAAGUGUAUGCCUGGCCUAAUUGUGAAGGUCGGGCUCUAUAACGAGUAUGCUGCCGGGAUUGUGAUUGAGGAGCUUGAGGCACAUUAUAACAUGACCCGUAAUUGAAUGCAGUAACUUUCAUUUGUAUAAUGCGAAGUGGUGGAGUUACUCCUUAUUACAUGGUUAGAUCCUCACCUUAUCAAACUGCUGAUCAGUCGAGUUAGUGGUGAACGAUGAAGGUGAGUAGCAAACAAACUAUGUUUUCUUUCAUUGAUCUCGAGGCUUGAAUGAGACGAAGUAUUCAUUAUACGGUACAUUAUCGCUUACACUGCCAUUGCUCUUAAGGGGACCAUCUAGCAGUACACUUUACAGUGCCCUAGGUCUAUGCUGUCAAAGCCUGGAACACUGGCGAUGCUAAUGAGAAAGUCGUGGUUUGAGUAACAGUGUUGAUGCCAAUUACUUUAGAGAUGAACUUGAGACUCAAGUUAAUGAAGUUGUGGUGGUGUUGGUGAAAGAGAGUUCGUUCAACCCUCGAUAAUGGAGUCGACUUGUUCUUUUCCUCUGUCCAGCCUACCUUCUAAUCGCAUUCCGACGUUCAGCUCACCCCAAACUGAAGGAAUCUAGAAAAGAAGACAUUCAAUGCAUAUGUUCGAGUUCGUUUGGUACUUGGAUGGAUCAGAGGGCGUGUGUAGGGAGUAAGUUUCGUCUUCAGAGGACAUGUACAGGAGAUGGCGAUGAAAUGUCGUGCUAAGUCGGGGCAAUGGGGGGGAUAUUGCGCCGGGGCUAUCGGGCCAAUGACUCGUGUUGUUCUCCCUAAAGUUUGGAGGACUGUUUUCAGUAGCAAUGGGUAUACUGCCAAGGAUUCCUCAGGGUAAAACGUGUCUUUUCAAAUGUCAUUCUUUGUAUGAACUGUGAGGCUGUGAGAUCUCCCUUUUCCCUCUUACUGUUCUGUUUCAACAUGUUUGAUAGGUUUGAUUGGAAGUAAUUUCGAUCAAAAUUACGUUUAAAAGUGUAAAAUCUAACCGUGAAAAUGAUUUUUAAUAAAUCAUUUGAAAGGGACAA